GUCCGAACGAAGCUUUUCUACGCGUUAUGCAACGUCGUUUCAGACGUAUUAGUCCGUCAGAAAACUUCGUCGAGAUUACAACAAGUGGCUCGUGUGUGUUGUGUAUGUGUUUGUGCUUGAGUUUAUGUGCGCCUGGGAGACCGUUCUUAUUUACAAACAACAUAUAAAUAGAAUUGCAGUGAUAAACGAAAAAUUCGACUGGAUUACACAGAGUGAGACAGUGAUAUCGAGCGAAUAGUGUUAAAAAGGGACAGAUAUAAUUUUGAAAAAUGAUGACGAUAAGCGAGAGCCAGUAUUCAUCAAACAAGAUGUCCAGUAUUCACAAGAUCAACGACCGCGUGGUUCACCGGGAUAGCUUCGAUGACAUCAAAAGCUCCUCCAGCGUCAACAGCUCUCUCAUCACGAAACGUGGCUUCAAACCGUCUGACAUGUUCGAUCCUAAAAAAAAAGAGUUCCUAACUAACCUCAGUUAUAAAUUGUUCCCUGUAAGUUGGAACGACGUCGAAGUCCCCAGCACCGAAUCGGUAGAACUCCCCGAUCUUCUCGCUGAAGAUUUGGAAAACAAGCCCAUAAUCGUAGGCGACAAAGAAGUCGACUUGAACAAGAUCUUCACACCCGCUCCUGACGCUGAGGAACACAUCAUCAAAAAAGACCGAAAAUUUGAGAAAACUUUCGCAUCAUCGGCGUUCUACGUGCCCGGCGUGCAUCCAACGGUCAAGGAGCAGAUGGACCUCGCGCGAACGAUCUCCAAGUCCCUGUCUGACUCCAGCAACCACAUGAGCAAGGGUCAGAGUAUGUACGUGAACCGGAAGAAGCGGUCGGUGAAGUGGGUGCACGAAGGCAGAGGACGCAACACAUCAAACACAGCGACCUCAGUGACGCCCGUCGCCAACCAUGACACGCCCUACCGCCCGCCGUCCAGCUUACGAAACCAGAAAACAUAUCCAAAGUCAGCUUUGAAACAUACAUCUAAUUUACCCAAAAUGGAGCCAUUCCCAGUCACACCACCAUCGAUAACCAUACAAGACCUAGAAGUGCCAGUUCCACUAGCGCCAACGAAGUUAAACGAUGUCUAUGCCUCGCCCAAAAGCCCGCGUUUACCGCUAGUGUGCGGUCCGAAUUUCAACGUAGCGCCGAGAGGUUGGGGCGAAAUGAAGGACUAUUACCGACCAGUGUCGCUAGAUGGCGUUGGUAACGUGUCUGCUGGGUACACUGAUUUUUAAAAAUUGUAUAAUCUAUAAAAGAGAUUAUAAAAUUGCCAUAUUAUGGAAUAAAA